UUUAGAGAAGAAAGUAAAGAUGCAGAUAUUCGUGAAGACCCUGACAGGAAAAACAAUCACCCUUGAGGUCGAGAGCAGUGAUACCAUCGACAAUGUCAAGGCAAAAAUUCAAGACAAGGAGGGUAUCCCACCAGAUCAGCAGCGGUUGAUAUUUGCUGGGAAACAGUUGGAAGAUGGACGAACACUUGCGGAUUAUAAUAUCCAGAAGGAAUCAACUCUGCAUUUGGUGUUGAGGUUAAGGGGAGGCCUUUCCAUCAGGGUGAAAACCCUUACUGGAAAAGAGGUAGAGAUCGACAUCGAACCCACUGAUACCAUCGAGCGGAUCAAAGAGCUGGUCGAGCAAAGGGAAGGAAUACCACCCCUACAGCAAAAGCUCAUCUAUGGGGGAAAACAACUGAACGAUGAAAAAACAGCCAAAGAUUAUGGUUUUGAGGGAGGUUGUGUUCUCCAUCUUGUGCUGGCUUUGCGCGGCGGCUGUUAA